UGAAAAAGUUAAAGAUAGGCAAGGCAAUCCUGAAAUAAAAAGGAUACAAACAAUGCAUAACAGAAAUACUGAUUGUUUGGCAGUUAUGAACUUAAAACUAGAAUAUCACAAUACUUUUACUAAUUAUCCUUUAGAG